AUGUCGCGCACCAUCCUCUCCCCGUGCGGCCUCGCCUUCGAGACCUGGGACGACAUCCUCGCCCUGCUCUCCGACGACCUCCCGAGCACCUCCGCCUGCGCACGCACCUGCCACGCGUUCCUCCCCGCCGCACGCACACACCUCUUCCGCGUGGCCCGCAUCGAUUCGCCCGCGCGCCUUCAAGCGCUCGAAGGCCUCAUCGGGGCAUCCUCCGUGCUCGCCCGGAGCAUCCGCACGCUCGAAGUGCGUGUGGCACCCUGCAGCACCUCCGAGACGGAGGGGGGGCAGGGCCAUUGUGAGAAGGAGGGCUGGCCGAGGCUCGUGCCCCGCCUGGACCGCCUUAUGAGUGUGCGACUGCAGGGAUUCGCGCUGGAGGUGCCGCCGGAGGUGGGGAGGGCGGAGUUACCUAGCGUCACGAGUGUGUGGAUGAAGGACAUGCGGAGCGUUGGCGACGACCUGCGGAGCGCUUCCGUCCGGAGCACGGCCAAGCAGCUCGUUGCCUCCGCCGGCGACACGCUCGAGAGCCUCGUCCUCCGUCUCGAGGACCUCGGCGAGGGCUACCCGCCCGACGACGUCCGCCGCGGGCUCCUCCCCGAGCUCUCCACGAACCGCCGGCUGAGGGCACUGCACAUCCUCGCUGUGGGCUCCGCAUGGUUCGAGAUACGCGACGGGCUGUCGGCGAUCACGCACGUGCUCUCGACCCUCCCCGCUGCCCAGGACUCCAUGCUGGAGGACGUGGUGAUCCACUUGACGCCGUACGUCCCCCGUGCGCAGCGCGACUGGAGCCUGGCGGCGUGGGUCCAGCUCAUCGCCGCGCUGGACGCGCUGAUGCGCACGCGCCCGCGAGUGCGGUGUACGCUCUGCCUUGACUUCUCGUCCAACUUUGGGGCCCGGCCGAAGCCCGCGAACGCGCAGCCCAUAGCUGAGUACGUUGAGAAGCUUGUGGAGGCGCUUCCACCAUGCCGGGUCGAAGCGGGCCAUCCUCCCUCGCGAGCGCGGAUUGGGCUGAUCUGGCAGACACACUUCAAGGAUUGGGAGUGCUCUGGUUCACGGGAGACAUAUCCGGCCCACAACUACGUUGGGGAAGCGAUGGGGGCGCCAGAGUGGUAUUAUCGUCUCCGUUAUUGCGCUCCAUGA